GCUAACGGUUGCGACGUGGGCGGAGAUGACCAGCAUCGCCACCGCCCCCGGAUGAGCAUGUUCCCGCCCCCUUCCGCUCGCCUGGACUGACUCAUCCGCUCCGGUGGGCGCCGCCCGCAGACCCCUCCCUCCCCACGCGUCCGUCCUCCUCUCUCUCUAUAUAUACAACACGCGUGCGCACUCUCCAAGAUCCACGACUCCAUCGCGCGGAGAAACGAACAACCUCGUACAGCGCAGGCGACCGAUCGGCGCGGCCAUGGAGAAGCCGCCGAUCCCGAGCAUCAUCUCCACCGUCACCUACUGCUGCGGGGCGUGCGGGUACGACCUGAGGCUGAGCUCGCUGGCGCGGGACACGGCGGGCGGCGCUGGCGCGAGGCGGCGGUGCGUGGGCGCGGCGGAGGUGGUGUUCGACGCCAUCGACGACGCGCGCUUCGGCCACCUGGAGGAGUUCCGGUGGCUGGACGUGCGCGCCUGCCUCCCCUUCUCGCGCCGCACGCGCCUGCUCUGCCGCAAGUGCGGCGCCCGCCUCGGCUACGGCUACGACGACACCGCCGCCGCCGACCGCCCGCCGCGCUACCACAUCAAGAUCCGGGCCCUCCAGCCCGCCCCCGACCCCUCCGCGGCGCCGUCCGAUCGGUGAUCCGAGGGUCUCGACGUAUUCUUUGAUUGCUCGUGCAUCCGCAUCUGUCUCUUUCUACUUUCGAUCGAAUCUCCUCCAAAGUCGCUCGCUUGGACCCGAAGGAAGGAAUGAAACAGACUGGUUGAUUCGGAUCCCAUCUUGCUUUCUGAUAUUUUUAAGCGGAAUUAUUGGUCUUGACUUGGUUGCGUUGUGGAACUGUAGAAGUCAAAAGUUGUGUACUGUUCCAGUCUGAACUUCCAGUGCUGGUGGCGACACUGACCGUGUCCGUGUAGGGGGGAGGAUCGCCAGCAGCACCUAUCAACCCUGCAUCAAUCACACUCAAGUUCUUUGUAUCCACACAUUUUCGUAUGCUCCAGCAGAAUCCACGCAGACAGGGCAACACUCUGCAGGCCAAAAGAUCAAAUUGCAAGCCCAGAUUAGGGCAUGAGUCGUGACACCUAUAUCACCGUCCACUAGAUUGAUGAAUAAUCUCUCAAAAAUCCGCUUUUUAUUAGUGAUUCACCAUCGCUUUUUUAUCGGUGACGAUUCACCAGCCACUACAUUCUUGGAAGCCUACUAAAAGGCUAUAAACAUAAAUAAAUCUGUCACCUGCUGGUGAUCCAAGGGUU